AGGACAAAUCUCAGACUUUGGAAGUUAAUGGAGUUAAUGGAAGUUAAUGGAGUUAAUGGAAGUUAAUUCGGGAUUUAAUUUAAUUCGGAAGUUAAUGGAGCCGUGCACUUCAAAAUAGGUCCAUAGCAAGGAGCCGUUUGUUUCAGUACGACUCCUUUCAGCUGCCCACCCAACAUAAACUGCUAAUAAAACGCUUGAGGAGGCGUUUUGAAAAGAAAAAACGUAAUUUUUUUUAGAACAGGGUAGAAAUAUAAUUAUGAGCCUUUGAUUGAUAUCCAGACAUUUUUUGCGGAGACACAAUCCUGUUCCCCACUUGUAUUGGAGUGGACUGCGAUAUCUACUUCUGGGCCACAUGAAAUGACGGACCCCCGUCCACAGCCAGCUUAAACAGCUGCAAUACCAGGCUUGGCCUCUGAGCACUGGUGGAUUGCGGAAGUAUGCGCCUAUCCUGGGGGCCUGGGAGUGUCCUUCGAUCCACACUUCACGAUUAGCCCGUUUUGAGGACGGCAUCCGGGUCCUUGAAGUAUACUUCUUUUCGCCGGAUCUGAAUUGGAACGUACUGCGUACUCAAAUGUUGGCUAACGAUUGAUCUGGACUCAAGCUGUAGGCCUACCAGUCAGAUGAGUAACUCAGUGGAGGAGGAGGACUUUGCGGAUAUCAGGGCCUACUUUUCCACAACAAAAUGGAACCGCCUCUGUAUGGCAGAGAAAAAAAGAUUCAUGCAGAUCAAGGAAAACCAUUUGGUUCUGGCGUCUCUUGGCCUGUCCUUUGUGGCUCCAGCCUUCAUGAGGAGAGAGAAGCCCGGCCAGGUGAGAGUCUGCUCACCUGAAGAGACGGACUAUGAGGAGGAGCAGCUCUGGACCUCUGGAUUGACCGGUGCUCGAGUGUGGAAGCCACCAACAGUCAGACAGGGGUCUCUACAACAGCCCAGUACGUCAGAUGCAGUUUCUGUACAGAGUCUCUCAGGGCAGGGCUGGAGUGACCAGGAGGUCUCUGGAGGGCCCACUCCUUCUCAUCCAGAGAUCGACCCCCCCGGAGGAGGAGUAGAGAGGGGCUCUGCAGUCCAGGAGGAGGUCUCCUUGGUUCUCCAUGAACAUGUGAAGGACUCAAGUGUUUAUUCAAGAGAGACGAACCUGAGAAAAGUUCUCAGAGUUAACUACCAAGAACCGGAAGUACCUAAGGAUGACGACUACUUCUUCUGUGAUGAGUGUAGGACUUUCUUCCUCGAAGAGUGCCAGGUCCACGGUCCUAUCGUCUUCAUGGCUGAUCGCCCCGUUGCUGUCGGAGAGAAAGACAGAGCCAAGAAGACGCUGCCCGCUGGGUUUGAGAUCAGAGAUUCUGGGAUCCCUGGGGCCGGUCUAGGGGUGUUUUACUGUGGAGACGGUGGCCUUCCCAUUGGAACACACUUUGGACCCUACGAAGGACACAGGACCGAUGAAGAGGGAGCCCUGGAGAGUGGAUACUCCUGGGAGAUCUACAAUAGCAGACACAAUGAUUACAUUGAUGCAAAGAGAGAGACACUUUCUAACUGGAUGAGGUACGUCAAUUGUGCUCGUAAUGAAGAGGAACAGAACCUAAUAGCGUUUCAGCACAAAGGAGGGAUUCUGUAUCGCUCCUGUGGCCUCGUGACUUCAGGAGCAGAGCUCUUGGUCUGGUAUGGGGACGAAUACGCCAGACAUCUGGGAAUCGGAUUUGAUAGACUGUGGAACAACAAGAGCUCUACUAAAGGAGGGAGAUCCCAGCUGACACCAGCACAGGCUUUCCCCUGUCCCGAGUGUCCGUACUCCUACACGUCUCAGAUCUUCCUCCACAAACACAUGAAGAGGAGCCAUGGCGACCUGUACGGCCGACUGCUGAGGAGUGGAGAAAUCAAGGUGGAGCCUAGUCUCCUCCCAUACGUCGCAGCCUCCUAUCAAGAACCAAUCGGAGCCUCCCGGGGAACCGUCCAAAGCACAAGCCAGAUUCCAGCAGAAGGAGCCGGACGCCACAGUUGUGAGAAGUGCAGUAAAACCUUUAGUCGCUCUCAUAGUCUGAAGGUUCACCAGCGCAUCCACAUGGGAGAGAAAUCAUACCACUGUCAACAGUGUGGGAAAACAUAUAGUACAUCUGGUGAACUCAAGAGACACCAGAUCAUCCACACGGGAGAGAAACCAUACCACUGUAAACAGUGUGGGAAAACAUUUAGUAAAUCUUAUCAUCUGAAGAGACACCAGAGCAUCCACACGGGAGAGAACCCAUACCACUGUCAACAGUGUGGGAAAACAUUUAGUAGAUCUGGUAAUCUGACGGUACACCAGCGUAUCCACACGGGAGAGAAACCAUACCACUGUCAACAGUGUGGGAAAACAUUUAGUAGAUCUAGUGAUCUCAAGAGACACCAACAACUUCACAGAGGAGUCUCCAUCCAAACAACCAUGUGAAGAAACUAAAUGGUUCCCAGACAUGUGUUAUUCAAAUCGAAUGGUUCUUGCUGUUAUAUGGUAAAAGGGCACAUGAACGGUUAAUUGUUUAUCUUAUCAACUUUAUGUAUUUAUUUAUAUUCAUGUCUGUAUGAGUGAACUAUUUUUCUUCUGAACAUUUUUUGGGUAAAAACCUUCAGAGUAAGGUAUCGUAGAUCUGACGUCAUUGUUAUAUUUAUUACUUUUGUAUGUAUUUAUGUAUUCAUCCUGUAGAAAUUCAAAUAAAAUCAGAUAUGCAGUGUUGAGAAGUCUGGUUUUGUCUGGAUAGAAUAGAAGCAGUCCGACAUGUUGGUGAAUUAUAUUUGAUAUGCUGUUAUGUAUAACGUAGAAUUCAAAGGAUGAGCUGAGGUCCCGUUACUGACCACCAGAGGGAACCACAGCACCACGAAGAUGUUCCCCUUCCCCGGAUUCAGUGACAUUUUGAAUUAAUUAUUGAUAAUUAUGUUUCAAUCUUCCAUUAAUAAUUACUAUUCACCGUCCUUCAAUGGAAGUGAGAAAAAAAG